AAAGGUGUCGAUUGAUGGUUAAAAUUAUCAAGGAGUAAGGCGCCUGUAAUAUGCUGGAUUUGUCUUGCUAAAUGAUGAUUAAUGUUCGAUAAUAGUUGUUCGAAUAUGCAACACUAUAGCAAAAUGUUUGUUAUCCAUAACAACGAUUAGAUUCCAAGGUGAAGCAAAAGGAGAAAGGAAAACCUCGUAAGUGUCUGGUCAAGAGGAUGAGACUGUUUGGAUUUUGAAAGCCAAUUAGAGGUAACCAGGGAGACAAAACACCAUGACAAUUGGUUCCACAAGCGAAGAUGGAGGGACCCAGACAUUUGACCAGAGAGAGCAAAUUGGUGUUGGGAUGGGCCCCUUUUGUUCAAUUUCUGUAGUAAAAACAACAAUAGGAGUUGCCGACGUGUGGUCCGCAGCUGAGCUGGGCCUUAUUGCAGACAGUCCCAUGCUGGACUCUGACAAAUGGAGCCACCUUUCAUACUCUUCAAAUUUAUUAUUGUGGACUCUCACCAUUUUCCUACAGGCUUCAAAUGGGCUAAACCUCAAAUGCCAACACUUGGAGGAAAGUGAACAAUAAUUGUGGCAUAAUCCCCAUGGCAUGAUGGCGAUUCCUACCUUGUUAUUUGCUGGAAACAUCCAAGGGAGCGAAAUGAAAAGGAAGUAAAGAGGGGACAGAAAGUAGGUUAGUCUG